UCUGGACGAGAUGCGGAUCGACGUCGCUCAGAUCCAGGACACGGUAAAUCAGCUGAGCACGGAGCAAGCGCGGCUGGGGCCCUGCUGACCUCCGUCCACCAGUUUCAGGUCCUGUCAUCCUGCCCGGACGGCUGGAGCCGCCACGAGUCCUCCUGUUACUUCAUCCCCGAACAGAAGGCUGCCUGGGACGAGGCCAACCGCAUAUGCACCCAGAAGCACUGGCGGGCCGGACUGGUCUCUGUGCACGCAGGAAACGCCGAGCACGUCCGUCGGCUCUUCAGCGAGACCGAGGGAUCCACCUUCUGGAUCGGUCUGACGCGGAGCUCCGGGGAUCCGGGCUGGGAGUGGUCCGACGGCUCUCCGCUGGACCACACUAACUGGCUGGCAGAUGAGCCCAACAACUCCGGCGGCCAGGAACACUGCGUGCACGAGUGGAUCACGGCCUCUGGCAGCCAGGGCUGGAACGACCGCGACUGCUCCCACGAGCUGAAAUUCCUCUGUCAGAUAUGGGCGCACUAGGAUACGACAACUUCGUAGCAUGGGCUGCCAGCGUGCAUAUUCCACUCGAAGACGGUUGUGUGUGACCUGAUAUGAAAAUCAAUGUGUUGUGCACACAAA